AUUAGCCACGUCGCGACGAAGUUAGCUAUUUCAGCCACGUCCCGACAAAAAUGCAUUUCACAGGUAUGGGAGAGGCUUGGUCGUGUAAAUUUACCCAAAUGCCCCGAUAGGUUAAACUCUCUUCCAUCUGCAGGACAAGCCUCAGAUUGAACCCAAUACACCCUUCGCAAAGCAGAAGAGAAGAAGAACGGAGCUAUCUAACGGCAUCUGAGCGACCUUGGCAGAGGAAAUCGCCACUGGAGUACGCAUCCGCGGUGGCGAACAACAACGAAGCCUCUCAAACUCAAACCGAUCUGCAGUAAUGGCUUCCACACGUACUUCGCCUCGUAACCACUCGAAAAGCAAAGGCGUUGUCACUGACAAGUCAAGCAGUCUUGAAGAGACACAAAAUCAGUUAAGCCACAAGGCGUCAUGGGACAGUAACUCAGUCCGAGUUUUCCUCCAGUUGAUUGCAAAUGAGAUUAGUAAAGGAAAUCGCCCAUUCUUAGUCUUCAGCCAAGCAGGGUACAAGUCAUUGGCAAGGAAAUUUGAGAAAAAAAUAGGAAAAAAACAUGGACUGAAACAGUUGAAGAAUAAGUACAUGACCUUGAAAAAAGAGUGGCAAGCGUGGACAAAGUUGAUGGAUUCAAGCAAGGGAGUGUCCGGGAUAGGCUUUGACUAUGACAUCGGGUUGUUUCAGGCACCUGACGAGUGGUGGGACAAGAUGGAAUCAAUCAACAAGGCGUGUGCGAAGUUCAGGAAAAAAACUUUGGAACAUCGUGACUUGAUGGAGACGGUCUUCAUGGGGGCAUCAGCUACUGGGAAGCAUCAUUGGACCCCAGGAGAGAACCUUCCCGAACCUACUGAGGACUCAUCUGAUUCAAUCAACAAGGUGUGUGCGAAGUUCAGGAAGAAAACGUUGGAACACCGUGACUUGAUGGAGACGGUUUUUAUGGGGGCAGCAGCUACUGGGAAGCACCAUUGGAAAACAUGGACUAAAACAGUUGAAGAAUAA